ACGCGUGGCGAUGAUGGAACCGUAAAGCGUGACUUGUGUUGUGACUUUUGUGCUGUGACUCCUGUGUCGUGACAAGAUGGCGGCUCGUCGGUUAGACUUCUUUGCUGUCUUCGUUUUCACGGCUCUCGCCGCCUUCGUCUUACGGGCCACAGUCCGCCUUGAAUUGUUUACGCCUAAAGUGUUGAAUCACGCUCCUGGAAUAUGCACUGUAUUCGAUGUUGACGGUGCAGAAGACGUGGAAGUGCUACCUAAUGGUAUUGGCUUUUUCACCUCGGGUCUUCGGUACUAUGUUGGGGGACUUCCCAUUGACCCUAGAAUAGAGGCCCGCAAGGGACGAAUCUACACAUUCAACAUGAACCACUCAGAUAAGGCCCCAGUCGAGAUGUCUCUUUAUGGUUUCAACGUGACAGGAUUCAACCCACACGGCUUGUCGCUCUACACUGACCCACGCACAGGGGUGGUGUCCAUCUUCGUUGUCAAUCACAGGCCAGAUGCACAAGCUAUUGAGAUUUUCGACUUUGAUCAGGAAGCUGUAUCGCUUGUGUUUCGCCGGUCAGUGUGGCAUGAGUUGAUUUACAGUCCUAAUGAUGUAGCCGCAACAGGGCCCGACAGUUUCUACGUCACAAAUGACGACUACCAUCACUUUGACCAGCAGUUUCUGCGCAUGCUGGAUAUGGCCCUGCUGGGCUAUUUUCUGAGAAGUGGUGUCGUUUACUAUGACGGCAGCACAUCACGUGCCACCCACGUGAUUGGUGGAUUGCAGGAGCCAAAUGGUAUCGCUAUUAGGGAUGAAAGGCUUGUCUUCGUCAAUACACACGAGAAGGUUAAGAUCUACAGAAGACAGAAGGAUAAUGAACUCCUCUUCGCUCAGGAAAUAGACAUCGGCUACCGGUUGGAUAACGUCAACGUGGAUAAGCUCACGGGGGACCUGUGGUUUUCCGUAUUCCCGCGCGUUCUGGACUUUUUAACUUUUUCGACAAACCUCGACCACCAGUGUCCCUCUAAAGUGGUCAGCGUCAAACUUGGCGAAGAGCAUGCGGAAGGAGAUCCGUUUCCGUUUUACGACAUCCGAGAAGUUUACGCUAAUAACGGAAGUGAGGUCAGAGGAUCGACUUCUGCUACAAGGCAUGACGGGAAAUUUGCAGUGGCGGCGAUAUUUGAUAAGUUUCUCAUCUGUGAUUUGGGGCCUUAUUGAGCCCGCGUUGAAAGCUGGCAUCAUCGUAAGGUCUCAACUGGAUUGAUACUGUUUGUGUUGUACCCGAUGUUUAUUGUGUGACAGAAAAGUGAUUUCUUGGAAAACUUUGUAAGAGCCUUAAAACUAUUUCUGAAAUACUUGUAACCAUCACCCUUUGGUGUAAACAUCGACUAUUUUUAAUAUCACUCUGUAUAGAGCAAUCUAAUGUAGUCAUGUACAUUUUGUACAUGGGGAGUUUAGUUUCCAAAGUUGCUCGAUUAUCAAGCAUAUUUUAGCAUCACCUUGACUUUAUUUGGUCUUAUAAAUAUGCUAGGAUGAGACACCAACUCGGUGAUUUCCCCACACCUCAAAACACACCUCAAUCUUGUGGCUGAUUGGCUCAUUUUAUAAGACUUAUUCAAUUCUCCCUAUUUUACGUUCAUUUCCUUUCAUGCUGGGUUACCACAUGAAUUGUUGUCGGGUCCUAGCGUAUAAUACUCCAAUCUUAGCUUUGUAUAAAUCAGUGUCCGUGUUAUUUGUGUAAUUGUUUGUUAUCAUUUUUUAAUUAAAAAAGUUUAAAAACACA